GUUCAGUCCCAGACCGAGAGAGGCAGCAACGCGCAGCAUUGCCGGAAACUAGACGGAGAAGACGGAAGAAACGAGGACAGCAACCGAAAACCCGUAUAAACAUGGCAGGCAGUAAUAACAAGUCUGUUUUGUUUGUUUGCCUGGGGAAUAUCUGCAGAUCCCCCAUCGCUGAAGCCGUCUUCAGGAAGAUGGCAACAGAUGCAGGCGUUGUUCAUGAGUGGAUAAUAGACAGUGCUGCCACCUCCACCUAUGAGUUAGGAAACCCUCCAGACUACCGUGGCCAAGCCUGCAUGGAGAAGCAUAAUGUGCCAAUGAGGCAUAUAGCCAGGCAGGUGACCAAGAAUGAUUUCACAAGCUUUGAAUACAUUCUCUGCAUGGACGACAGUAAUUUGAGAGACUUGAAAAGCAAAGCGAGCGCCGUGAAAAACUCCUCAGCCAAGAUUGAGCUUCUUGGUUUAUAUGAUCCUCAGAACCAGAGGAUCAUCGAAGACCCAUACUAUGGAAGUGCCUCCGACUUUGAAAAGGUGUAUGAGCAGUGUGAGCGCUGCUGCAGAGCUUUUCUGGAGAAAAACUCCUAACAACGUGUGACCUGAAAAGGGUCCUUCCCUGAGUGCGUAGGAUACACAUAAAUAAUCCUCACAUGAGCUUUGUGGUGUGUCGCACAAGCACUCGGCAGUACUGACCCUGGUGUAGCUGUCAAUGAAAGUACUUGUAGUCAUAGUGUUGUAUAUGUUGCACAAACCGCACAUUGUGUAUGAUGACAACACCUCUGCGUGGGCAAGUUUGAUUUAAUAAAAUAAAUUAAACAGAAUAA